CAGUACCCCACCACCACAUACACCGUACGGCCACCAUUCAUUUUCGUCGUUAUCGCCGUGGCGUCGGUACGCCGUCGUAGUCAUUGCAGAGCAGGAGCAGUAAUAACGCCUGGCACUUCACCCUUUCCCCCGGCUCGCCGUAAACCGUCGCUGCUGUCCGCCCGCCCAUCGUUGUGCCCGCUCAUUCGUUCGACGGUUCCCGCGCUAACUGAAUAACAACCGAAACCGAUACCGUACGUGUCCCUGUACAGUGUACGUACAUUGCGAAUUUCGAUCGAGUGCGAGUCCGCCUGCAGCCAGAUCCGUUUACCGCCUCCGUUUCCGGUCCGACGAACGUUUUUCAGUUUGUUUUGAUUUCAUACUCACAGUCACUACAAUGCAUAAAGGUACGUCCUCCAAGGGAGUGGCUGAUAACGAGUAUGAAAUUGAGUCCAUUUUAUUCGAUGAUACAUAUGGGAGCAAAACAAUGUAUCUCGUUAAAUGGAAAAAUUAUCCUAUGGACCAGUGCACCUGGGAACCAUAUCGAAAUUUAACAAACUGUUCUAACGCAUUGAAUGACUACAGAUCAAAUAAGAUAGUUGCUGCUGACAUUUAUAAAACUUCACGUUUUAAAGAGCUGUAUGAUUCACUUAAUAUUUUUGCUGAUCAAGAAUUGCUUGAAUUGUUGCACCGUGUGCUCGUGGAAGGCAUGCCAUCUAUAGAAGAUAAGUUUGUUAGGGGUACUAUUGCCUAUUUAUCAACGGUAUCGCCAAGUAGUAGGAGUACAUCAUUAACUAAAUUGAUUAGACAUAAUUUGAUGCUAAUUGAAGUUAACAGAAAAAGGCAAAAACAACUUGAAAAAUUGUCUAAAUGGCAAAAUGAAAUGGCUGCAGUUUGUGGAUUUAGUUUAUCUGUUGUAAACGAUGUAGACUUUGAAGGCCCACCCAAACGGUUUUAUUAUGUGGAUGAAUGUGUGGCGGGCGAAGGAGUUAUUAUUCCAAACGACCCUCCAGUUUGGUGCCACUGUGAUGUUACCUGUGGAGGAAAAAAACGUAAAAAAACUGAAUGUCAUUUUGGCGAUUUUCAACUUGCGUAUAAUAAAUUUAAGCGCGUUAUAGUUCCUCAAGGCACUCCUAUUUAUGAGUGUAAUAAAAAAUGUUCUUGUGACAAAACAUGUGUAAACAGAGUGGUUCAACAUGGUCCAAGUAAGAAUUUAAAACUUCAAAUAUUCCGAACUGAUAAUAAUCGCGGUUGGGGAGUCAAAACAUCAAUAAGUAUAAAGCAGGGUACGUAUAUUACCAAAUAUACUGGUGAAGUAAUCACCAAAUCAGAAGCAGAUCAGCGAGCUGUCACUCAUGGAUCAAAGUCAACAUACUUGUUUGAUCUUGACUAUAAUACUGAUAAAAAUGAUAGCGUUUAUUCUAUUGAUGCAACUACUUUUGGUAAUGUAUCACAUUUUAUAAAUCAUUCGUGUGAUUCUAAUCUGGCCAUAUUUGCUGUAUGGAUUGAUUGUUUGGAUACUAAUAUUCCAACCCUGGCAUUAUUUGCAUCUAGAGAUAUUGAUGCAGGUGAAGAGAUUACAUUCAAUUAUAUGACUUCUGUCAAUAAUGAAAGUCGGAGAAUUAAAUGUAAAUGUCAAUCUAAAAACUGCCGUGGUUACCUGUGUUAGUAUAAAUAAUUUUGUUUUCAUACUGACACUAAAUUUUUAUUGACUAAUACUUUUUUUAUUAUUUAUUCUCCAAUAGCCUUACUUAUUAUGAAAAAGUAUAAUUUUGAAUCAAUUUAAUUAAGUGUUGGGUUUGACAAAAAAGGGUAAUUUAUAUGUAUAUAAUGUAAAUAUUACUGAUUUAAAGGUGAAGACAAAACAUGAUGUCUUAAUAGUACAUCAUAAAUAUUUUUUUUCAGUUGUAUCAGAAAUUAGUUAAUUUUAUAUGUAUUUUUGAAAUUAUUAGAUAAUUAUUUCGCAGUUUAAUUUUUUUUUCACUAGUAAAUUUUUAUUUUUAAUAAAUGAAUUCAUUUAGACAGUUGAUAAGAUUUUCUAUUG